CAUGGUUUCCCCCGACUCUGGACAAAUGAUGCUGGGAGUCGCUCAGAGGGAUUUUUUUCUCCUCUAUCGCUCUCUCCUGGCAUUUGCUCUUUCCAUUAGUGAGGUGACAGUGGCUGGGGGAACGGAUACUCUGUCUCCAUCUUUUCUUUCUUUAUCUCUCUCUCUGUCUCUCUCUCUCUCUCUCUCUCUCUCUCUCUCUCUCUCUCUCUCUCUCUCUCUCUCUCUCUCUCUCUUCCUCCUCAGCUAAUUCUAACAGCAGGGAUGUAGUCCUCUGUCUCUUUCAAACUUCAGCACCGGCUAUGCUGUGAACUCCUUUGUGACCGCUGUUGAUUCUAUUGGGACCUUUUUCUUCUCUUGCUCUUCACUGAGCUUGUUUGAGAGGAUCUAUACCUUAAUGAGUUUGGAAGGGGAGGUGUUUAAUUUCUCUCUAUAACCUGGUGAAACUACGGGACCAUGGCCAUGAAGGAAACCAUUCUGCCCAUCAGCGAGGUGUCCGCCCCGGCCCCGCCCCCAACCCCAGAGGUGGUGGAGCUAAAUGUGGGUGGCCAGGUGUACGUCACCAAGCGCUCUACCCUGGUCAGUGUGCCCGACACCACCCUGCACGCCAUGUUCGCCCGGUGCCCACCGCGGGAGCUGCCGAGGGACAGCAGAGGUCGAUUCUUCAUCGACCGCGAUGGCUUCCUGUUCCGCUACGUGCUGGACUUCCUGCGAGACCGCCAGCUGGUGCUGCCCGACCACUUUCCCGAGCGCGAGCGUCUGCAGCGGGAGGCUGAGCACUUCCAGCUGGGCGAGCUGCUGCGCCUCCUGGGGCCCCGCGUAGGUUCCAAGCAGGGCUCCAUGAACGAUGAGGGCUGCCACAGCGACAUCGAGGAGAGCUCGCAAAGCAGCGAGUACCCCACAGGUCGAACCUCGACUUCCUCAGACAAGAGGUCAGGGUUCAUCACCAUCGGCUACAGGGGCUCCUACACUACAGUGCGAGACAACCAAGCCGACGCCAAGUUCCGACGUGUGGCACGGAUCAUGGUGUGCGGACGCAUCGCCCUGGCAAAAGAGGUGUUUGGGGAAACAUUGAACGAGAGCCGGGACCCCGACAGGCCGCCGGAGAAGUACACUUCGCGGUUUUACCUCAAGUUCACCUACCUGGAGCAGGCAUUUGACCGGCUUUCUGAGGUGGGCUUUACAAUGGUGGCGUGUAACUCCACGGGAACAGCCGCUUUUGUCAACCAGUACAGGGACGACAAAAUCUGGAGCAGCUAUACGGAGUACAUCUUCUUCAGGCCGGCAUUGAAGACCGUCUCCCCCAAGCAAGACUGUGAGGAGCGCAAGCAGGACAAACUGGGUACCGACAAGGGCAGCGAGAGUGGCACGUCCCUCAACGAGCUCUCCACUUCCAGCUCCGAGACCUACUCCGAGGCCACCUCACCCCAGGAUGGUCCCAACCUGGGUGGGGGAGGCGGCGGGGGAUCCGUGGCCCCCUGCGGAGCCCUCCAGUCCGUCUCCCGGCAGCCCAGCACCCUCACUCUGGGGCGACCCUCCAAGAAGGGCUCGUCAGUGCAGUGGAUGCAGUUGCCGGAUAAGCGACGCAACAGCGAGCUCUUCCAGUCGCUGAUGGGGCGUGAGGGCGGCCUAAGUAGGAAGAAGAACCCGGAAAGACCCAGUGCAGAGGAAGAGAUGAAGCAGUGCAUCCAGGACUUUAACAACAUCAAAAUCCCGCAGGCUUUCCCUGAGCGCAAGAGGCAGUGGCAGUCCGAACUACUCCAAAAGUACGGUCUAUAGGGGCCACUUUCUAUUCCCAUCCCCAUUCCACAUGUGGUAGCCAUCUUUAUUUGGAUUCCCUUCAUUUUGGCAGGUUUUAAGUGCUAUGAUUCCUCUAAAAUGUCUGACAGUACAAAUUAAGUUAAAAGGAUCAUCAACCAAAUUUUGUUUUUGUGAAGGGAGGCCAGGUUGGUAAGCACAUGCAUUUCAGGGGCACAUGUUAAAGAAGCACAGCGGAAAUCCCCUUUUCUGGUAUGUUGUCUCUUAAAUUCUAGAUUGCAAUGGAGAUUUCUCAUACAAGCGUCAAAAGUAAAAAGUGUGUGACUAUGUGAAAAGUAUUUUGGCUAAUUUCUUUCUUUGACUCCUUCAGUGACAUUCUCACUCCCCUCCCUUUGGAAUGGAUUGAAAUAGUUGUGAAUGUAGAUGACUGUUUUUAACGAAUAAGAAGAAAUAGAUAUACUCUAUACCACUAAAGACUUAAUUACAAUUAUUAAAAUUAUCUACAGAGAGACAAUUAUAUGUGUUCAACAUGUGAAUUGUUUAAGAAGUUUUGUAUUUCCAGAUAGUGGAAAGAGUGGAAUAUGUUCAUUCAGUAUCUACCAUGGAUGUCCUUUGGUGUGUUUACUGUUGUUGUCCAUGGUCAAUGUGUGAGUAACAAGGUUUAUUGCUACUUCUUUUGAAUAAUUCUACAAUAAAAUAUAAUAUCAUGUUAUGACACUUUUCAGUCCAGGACCAGGCUUAAUCAGUGUCAAGGAAACCAUCUCAUUAUGUAAAAAUCCUUCAGUGCUGGGCUAAGAACGGUGAAGAUGAUUUCUUACAAUCACUCUAGAUAGAUAAUAUUGUGUGCUGACGGCCAAGCCUUUUUAUACAGUGUUAACUCCAAGCCGCUUUCUCUUGCUCACCCAAUAACUUAUGGAAUUGACAAAAAAAAGCUGAUUACUGAGCAAAGGAAGAACAGUCUGUUUUUGUCAGUCCCUCUUUGUUGAAAAUGAUUUAUCGAAUAAAAGUGUUGAGUAAA